UGAAGCCGCAAAGAACCAUCAUCGGAAGUUAAGGAAAUCAAUAACAGCAAUGCCAUGCUCUUGGGCAUCUUUCCUGGCACUGGGCAUCUGCAUCCAGUUGGGAGCAGGUCACUCCGUGGACAGGAGUUGGGAAUUGCCCAAGCCUCGUGUAACCUUGGGUGACCUCAGCCAUAUCUGCCUGGGUCGCCAGGAAGGCGAUUUGGUGCCCCAUCCGCUGGACUGCAAUGGAUACUUUUCCUGCUCGCGCAUUCCCAGGCUCCUCUAUUGCGAGCAGGGCCUCUAUUUCGAUGGAAAUCGUGGGAUCUGCGAUCUGCCAGAGAAUACCAACUGUCGGCAGAGCGAUUUGUCAGUACCGCCUGUAGAAUCGCAAGGCAGCCCAGUGGAUAACUCCGAGCUCAAUUGGUGGCCUCACAAACCGAAGCCUGUUUUUGUGGCUGUCGAUGUGUCCAGUGGUCAGCCAGUCAAUCCCAUGGAGAAGUACGAUCCGGAGAAUAUCGAGUGCCGACACUAUGGUGCCUACUUCCUGCCGCAUCCCAGAAAUUGUGGAUUGUACUUCAUCUGCGCCUACGGCCAUCUGCACCGACAUCAGUGUGGGCGUGGCACCUCCUGGAAUUUCGAGAUGUCCGAGUGUCAGUUGAGCGAUCAGGCCGUUUGCUACGGGGAGUCCAGGGUUUCAGAACCCGAGUCCCAUACGAAUGUAGAAGUGUUUGGGGAAAGCACCACACCGAGCAGUGAAGCGCCAAUAACCGUUUGCUAUAUAGUCGGAUCGAGUGAGUUAAGCACUUUUCAGCAAUUCCUCACGGAUCCCGAGACCACCGAGUUGGUACAGGUGACAUCAUCUUCUCCACCUACUCCACCCUCUCCACCUUCACCACCUCGAACUGAAGUCACCGCCUUGACUUGUCCAUCCACCAAGCAGAGCUAUAUGUCCCAUCCGGAGGAUUGCAGCAAGUACUAUAUCUGCAUCAGUGGAAUGCCCGUGCUCACAUCCUGUCCCAAAGGCCUCUUUUGGGACCAGAAGUCCGGCUACUGUGAGAUGGAAAAGAAUGUCAAGUGUUUCCAGAAGUGAUUA